AGGAGCUGGAGAAAGUGAAGGAGUCGGUGGCCUAUGGAUGUAUCAAGUACGCCGACCUGUCCCACAACCGCACCCACGACUACAUCUUCUCCUACGACAAGAUGUUGGACGACAGGGGAAACACAGCCGCCUAUCUGCUGUAUGCCAAUACUCGAAUCAGGUCUGUGAUCGUGCGUGCGCUGGACGACCUGUUCCUCCACUCUGUGUGUGACUACCUGUACGAGCUCACCACCACCUUCACAGAGUUCUACGACAAAUGCUACUGUAUUGAGAAGGACAAGACCACAGGUGCCAUCCUCAAGGUCAACAUGAGCCGCCUCCUACUGUGCGAGGCAACCGCUUUGGUCAUCGCUAAAUGCUUCCACAUCCUGGGCAUCAAGGCUCUGGACCGCAUGUAGACAUAGAAGAACGGUAGCCACCGAGAACCGAGAGAUGUUUUGAGCUGUAUCGGCUCAUACUGCUACCCCCUGCUUGCCAUGUCGUCUAUGAAUAUGCUUGCGUCAUCGUUCAAUAUUUCGUCGCCUUCAUUCACUAUUGUAGUAUGUCAAAGUUUCAUAGAAUUGAAAAUCAAGUAUGUUGUAGAAUUUCAUGACAGACAUCGGUUGGUCCUAGUUUUAUUCCUCUUCUUAAAAUAGUAACAGAUUUAAUUGAAUUAAAUAUUUUGUAUUAAGAAAAUAUCCUGCCUGAAAUUAAAUACAUAAUUUGUGUUUGGCAAUCCCCAGCAUGUUGGAGAUAUCAGAGAUCGAAUGUACGAGGGUUUUUUGCUUCUUCUGAAAACAUCUUAUUUUGAUUUUGACAUACAGCAAUGACGAAUGCCAGCGAUGAUUUGAAUGUCAUUGAGGCAGACUUUUCCUCACUUUUGGAUACUUUCAGAACAGGCAUAGUUCAUCACCCGUCACCCAGUUUGCUUUCUAAAUUCAGUGACUCUGCCACAUAUUUUGCUUUUGAUCAACUUUUCUCUUUCUUUCUUCUUUUAUUUUAAACAGCAGUCAGAAUUUAGACUUGUCGCUUUUACUUUUACUUUGUGAGUGACAGUAGUAGGUAGACAGCCUAUUAUUAUUAUUAGUCUGCUUAGCAAUUCCAUUUGCUAUACUUUGUUCACAUAUAUAAAUGACACCUUUUCUGCCAUUUUGAUACAUGUACUCAGAAUUUGGACAUGCCACUUUUAGAUGUAGAAUGGUUUGGAGUUAGUUUAGGACUUUUAAUCUGCUUUUUUAUUCUAUUCGUUAUAUUUUAAUGGUUGAUUAACAACACAUUUUGUGUCAUUUUUUUUGUACAGAAAAUGGUCAUGACCAUUGCCAGAAUAACAGCAGUACAAUGUAGUUAGUUUUCUUGUUAAGUGAUUCCAUUUGUUAUGUUUUAUUUUCUGGUUGCCGAGACAUUUUCUGCACUUAAAUGAUUUUCCUUCCUUUUGAAAAAAAAGCUCCAUAAAGGCUUUGAAAUUUCAUUUUCAGUGGUUGUAGUUAAGCUUAAGCUUAAGAUUAAAGUUUCACGGUUUUACCAAUUACUUUGCAUACCUUUGUUUCUAUUUUCAAUACUUCAAACUUCAAAGACGAACUGCAGUAGUGUCUGUGGUGCAAUGGUUAGGCUUAUCAACCAAUGUCACAUGCAGAGGAUGUGAGUCUGGUUCGGGGUUAUAUUGAUGGGGUUGUAACACAUUUACAAUUGCAGUAAAUUAAACGCAAGUGAACAUGUACAGCAAUGAUCGCUGUCCUUUAGAACAGAAAAGGUUAGGUUCACCCAGAGACAGUCAUUUUACCAAAGAUGUAUUUUAAAAACAUGUAACUGCUUGAGAGCAAGAAAUUUGUGAAGAUCAACUUUUAUUGUUACUAUGAUCGGAGGAUAAAGUAAUCAGAUAUUUCUAAUAAGUAGAUAGAUUAACUAAUUUAAUCAUGUGUAGCUAAUUUAGUUUUUUGUUGAGACCAGUUUCAUCACUUUAAAUGCAUCUAAGUUUUUAUGUUUUCUCCGUCAAUGUGUUAAAAAGACGUUUUUACAAAACUACAGAAAAAUUUCAUCUUCAGAGAAGACAAGUGGGAGCUUUAGUUCUAUGUACCUGUACCAUGCACACCUUAAUUGUCAGAAAAGGCUUCUUUUCUCUUUAGAUCUUGAGCAGUUCUCUCAUCCUACAGGACUUUACUUAGCUUUUUAUCAUUUAUUGUUGGUUGAACUUGAUAUUUUCCAAAGUGGAAUUAAUUUGUCUUAAUGAAAGAAAUUUACGUUGACGGAAAUAAAGGUUUAGUCUGCCACCCA